UGCCCUUCACGGAAUACAAUAUUUUCAGGUGUGUCCAGAAAGAGCCAGCACUGAUACUGAGGUUGGAGCAUUGCCUGAAACUGGCUGGAGCAGAGCCACUCGGACGGAACAGGGCUACAGAGGCUGAAGCUGGGGGAACGAUGCCGGUGGUGCCUCCUCGAUUGGCGGUGUGGCUGCUGCACCUGACUGUGCUAAACGGUGCUGCUAGCUCAGAAGCAGGCUGUGGGCAGCCAGUGAUAUCUCCACGAAUUGUUGGAGGGGAUCCGGCUUCCGAGGGGUCAUGGCCCUGGCAGGUCAGCAUUUUGUACAACAACCUGCCUGCUUGUGGAGGUUCCCUCAUAGACAACCAGUGGGUGUUGUCUGCAGCUCACUGCUUUCUCAAUGUUCAAGACAAUUAUGAAGUGCAACUGGGUGCCUUUAUGCUUGACAACCCCUCUUCCAACCUGAAGAUAUCAGCCGUGGGACAGAUUAUCCCCCACCCUGACUACAAUGGCAAGGAUGGAUCCAGAGGGGAUAUUGCUUUAGUGGAACUGGCAUCCCCAGUGAAUUUUACGGACUACAUCCUUCCCAUCUGCCUGCCGGACUCUUCCGAACAGUUCUCCCCAGGAACACUCUGCUGGGUCACUGGGUGGGGACAGAUUCGCGAAGGAGAGAAUUUGCAAUCCCCAAAAAUUCUUCAGGAACUCCAGGUGCCAAUCAUAGACCGAGAUCAAUGCAACGAACUCUAUAAUAUUAACCCAUCAGAAGAAUAUGGCACUAAUCCUGUCAAAGAUGAUAUGAUCUGUGCUGGUUAUCCAGAAGGUGGGAAGGAUGCCUGCCAGGGUGAUUCUGGAGGACCCUUGGUUUGCAAACGUGAUGGAUCUUGGACCCAGGCUGGGGUUGUGAGUUGGGGGGACGGCUGUGCCGAGAAAAACCGUGUCGGUGUCUACACUUCAGUGCCUUACUAUGCCAACUGGAUCCAAGAGACAAUGACUGGUAAUGGUGGAGAGCAGAACGGCAGCGUGCACAAGACCUGCAUUGUGACACUCCUGAUGUCCCUUGCAUUAGCUCUCUUAUGA